AUAACGACUUAUGGCUUAUUAUGGCGCUAUUAUAAGGCUACUCAACUUGGGCUGUAAACUAUGAGAAACAGAACAUGUCAUGCGCUUUGUUGUAUUUUCAAUUUCAGUCCUUCUCUACGCUUUGAUUCGAUAUAAAUCUAUGUAGGAAUUAGUGGUUGGCGAGGUGCCCGGCGUUGGCGGAAACAUAUUGAGUGUCACUUACUUCCACAGCAACCUUGGUUUAUCUCCACCCACCUCCUUGCAUGCUUGUUUAACUAUUUAUCCUCCCUCUUCCAAAUCCUAUUUAUCCUUCCGGACAAACACUCACCCAAUAGAACCAGAUAGAGGAAGCAACAUGGAAUUCGACACCAAGACCCCUCCCUACAGCACCGGUGACACCUCAUCAUUUGCAUACAUAUCAGCCCGGGACAGAUGGCCGGUUAUUUUGACCAGUGCAAUUGACGACCUCUCCCGCACGCUUUUCGAAGUCUCAGACGAUGAAAAGAGAAAGGAAGGCAAGGGCAUGGUGGGGAAGCUUGCUGAGCUCAAAUAUGAAUUGCAGCACAAUCGCAAACUAACACCAUUAGAAGAUGAUGGAGAAUCGGAUAUUGCUAUAUAUAACAAGGAACUUGAGGAACGAGGUCAACUCGUUUGGUUCAAUGCUCCGUGGCUCUUCACUGAGUGCUAUCUCUAUCGACGAAUAAACCUGUUGUUCUCCCUCUCAACACACUGGAAAACGUACGAUAUAUUCGCACGACAGAAGAUGUCCACAUUUAAAUCAUCCCGCCCAGCCGUCCUAGAAUUGGCCGCAAAAUACAAGGAGCUUAUCCAACAAAUCGAAAGCGGCGAAGGAGGCCAAGGCAAGGGACUAGAACAAAUCGAGGAAGCGGAAAGGCUGCUCUUCAUGGAGAUGUGCGAAAUCUGCCUUUGGGGGAACGCCACCGAUCUCUCUCUCUUGACUUCCCUCACAUACGAAGAUAUCCAGAAACUUCAAGGUGCCAAAGCACGCAAGGCUGCGGAGGAGAACAUCCUUAUUAACGACCUCCCGGCUGCCUUUACGAUAUUAAACUCUGCCAAGAAAGCCAGACCCUCGGAAGAGCGCCGCGUCGACAUCGUCCUUGAUAAUGCUGGGUUCGAGCUCUUCGUCGAUUUGAUCUUAGCUGGUUACCUACUCUCUGCAGGCCUCGCAACAACAAUCGUGCUUCACCCUAAAUCCCUCCCCUGGUUCGUCUCCGAUGUGCUACCCAAGGACUUCAUGGACCUCAUCUCCGCUCUCGCAGACCCGCAAGCCUUCUACACAUCACCGGACGAAGCUGGAGACCCCAAAGCCAACGGCAACAAUGCAAAAGCCCUUUCUGAGCGGGAAGUAGAAGAACUCAAGUUCCUGUUCCAGCAAUGGAGCAAAUUCCAUGAAGAGGGAAGACUGAUCAUCCGGCCAAACCGCUUCUGGACCACUGCGUCUAGUUACUGGCGGCUCCCGCACGAGGCGCCCGAGCUGCUGGAAGAUCUAAAGGCGAGCGAAUUGGUGAUUUUCAAGGGCGAUUUGAAUUACAGGAAGUUAGUUGGUGAUGCCCAGUGGCCCCUUACUACUCCGUUCACCACCGCAAUCGGCCCGCUGGGGCCUUCAUCAGGUAUCCGUGUCUUAGCACUCCGCACUUGCAAAGCAGAUACCGUUGUGGGUUUGCCGGAGGGCGAAGAUGAGCGCCUCCGCGCAUUGCCUAAUGGCGGUGGGGAGAAGGAGCGCAAGUGGGCUUGGGGUGGGAAAUGGGCGGUCGUUUCGUUUGCGGACGGGAAGGCUUGAGAGCUUGGUUUGUAGGCAAGGUUAUAUCGACUCAUAGAGCUAGGUUUGCUAGGGAUGAUAUGAGUGACGAGGAGAGGAGCUGUUUCCGUCAUGUGAUAUAAUAGAUAGACAUAAUAACCAUGGAUGGAUACCCCAUUUUAAAAUUGAUUGAAUAGUGUUCAGAUAUUCAUCCGGCCUCUCCACCCUCGCGCAGGGUAGUUUUGUGUCUGGCUAUCACAAACACUGACUUUAAAAGAAAAAUAAAAUAAAAUAAAAUAAAAUAACCUGCAUUGGUCUGGGAGAAAAGUCAAGAAAAUUCACCACUUUUA